CACAAUGCUCCAAACAAGAGGCAAAUGAAGCCACGACUAUACAUAAGGAAGGAAUUUAUCCUGCUCCAAGAAGGCUUCCCCAAGGAAAUGAUGCCUAAGCUAAGAUCUGAAGGGUAAAUGGGAGUUACUAAAGAAAAGAGGGAGAGGAGAGAGCAUGUGCAAGGGCCCUGCGGCAGAGGGAGCACUCAUGGCUAUCAGAAUUAAAAGGUCAGUAUGGCUGGAGUGUAGACAGCAAGUGGGGAGCAGGGGAGCAGAGGAGUGGCUCCAAGAGGAAUAGGGGAGGGAGACAGGGACUGCAGCCUAUGCCAGCCACAUUUGCAUUUGGAAACAAUUCCUUUGGCUGCUCUGUAGACCAGUGUGGAAAUACAUAGAGCACUGCGGCGAGGGGGGGGGGCUUUGCAGUCAUCCAGGGAAGAGAGAUGCUGAUGAUAUCUGCCAGGGGUUCAGUGGUUUAUUCAUUCAGCAAAUAGCAGUGGAGCACCUAUGUGCCAGGCUCUGUUGGCCUCAGACAGAACAGCUAACAAAGUAGACAAAAACUUGUACCCUCAUGGAAAUUAUUUUCCGGCAGUGGGAGACAGUGCUAAAAUGGUGCCGAUGCUUACAGAGAAAAAUAGAGUUGGAAGGAAAAAGAGUACAGUUUGGAAAGAGGAGAGAAACUUCAGCUGCAGUUGGUGGUUUUAAAUGGAGGAGGUCAGGGGAGGCUUGACUGAGAAGUGACCUUCAGGUAAAGACCUGGAAGAGGUGAGGAAGUGAGACAUGCAGGACCCGGGGGCAGAGAAUUCUGGCAGAGGGAACAGCAAGGGCAAAGCCCCGAGUCAGGAGUGUGCCUGGCACAAAUAAGGGACAGUGGCCGGAAGAGACAGAGCAGGGGGAGAAGGGGAGGAGGAGAGGAGGCCCAAGACUCAAUGGGCCGACGAUCAAGGGUCCCAAAGGGCCUUGGAGGUCACUGUGAUGCCUUUGGUUUGUCCUCCCCAUGAGAUGGAACAUCUUGGGAGGAUUUUGUCAGAGGAGCGACUUGACCUGACUUAUCAUUAUUAUUAUUAUUAUUUUUAUUUUGGCUUUUUAGGGUCGCAUCUGUGACAUAUGGAAGUUCCCAGGCUAGGGGUGGAAUUGGAGCUGUAGCUGCCAGCCUGUGCCACAGCCACAGCAAUGCCAGAUCCGAGCCACAUCUGCAACCUACACCACAGCUCAUGGCAAUGCCGGGUCCUUAACCCACUGAUCAAGGCCUGGGAUCGAACCCACAUCCUCAUGGACACUAGUCAGGUGUGUUACCACUGAGCCACAAUGGGAAUUCCUGACUUAUUCUUGAACAGAAUCAUUCUGGUGCUGUGGUGAGAAAAGACCAAAGGGGGACAAAGAAUGGCAGCAGGAAGUCUUUUUAUGAGAUGAUAGUGGCUGGACCAAGAUAGUGGAAGUGGAGAUAGGAGGGAUUGAAUUCAGAAUAUAUUUUGCCAAUGGAGCCAAAAAGAUUUACUGAGAGAUUAGAUGGGAGGCAUGAGAUAAACGAUUCUAAAAUGACUCCAAGACUUUGGGCCCAAGAAACUGGAAGGACUGGGUUGCCAAUGACUGAGAUGGGAGAACUGGAGAAGGAGUAGGGUUUGGGGGGGAGAGAGCAGGAGCUCAGUUUUGGAGGGUGAAUUUGGGGCAUCACUAAGACCUGCAGGGGUGUUAAGUAGGGAGUUGCAUGAUCGAAACUGGCACUCAAGGGAGAGGCCUGGGCUAGAGAUACAAAUUUGGUCGUCAUCAGCAGAGCAGUGGUAUUUAAAGCCGUGAGUCUGGAUGAGGUCACCAAGGGAGUAUGUGUAGACAGAAAAGAGAUGAGGUCUGCCCCUGAGCCCUGGGGCGCUCUGGUGCUAAGACGUUAGGGAAUUAAGGAGGGACCAGCAAAGAAGCCUGAGGAGUGACAGCCAGCAAGCUGAAGGAAGACCAGGAGAGUGUGUUGUCUUCAGAGCCAAUUGAAGAAAGCGUUCAAGGGGCAUUGAGGGAAGGACCGUGUCGAGUGCAGGACGAGGACCAGGAAGUGGCUGCUGACUUAGCACCGUGGAAGUCAUUUGUGACCUUGAGAAGAGCAGUGUCAUGGAGCAGUGGGGGUGACGUGGACUGAUUCUUUCUGGCAGGUGCUGCUUAUGGAACUCUUGCCAGGUGCCAGAAACGAGGUACCUACUCACCAUAGGUCCCAGCAACUCGCUGUGGCAGCCAGGACCCCGCCAGAGCCAAGACCUUCUCCAGAAGGUGAUCCUUCCCCCCCACCACCGCCACCACCGAUGUCAGCCCUGGUGCCCGACACUCCCCCAGACACCCCCCCUGCCAUGAAGAAUGUUGCUAGCCCUAAGCAGCUCCCGCUGGAACCAGAGAGCCCCCCCGGGCUGGUUGGGCCUAAACCAGCCUCCCAGCAAGAAGAGCCCCCUCUCUCAGAAGUGAAGAGCAGGGGACCGACCCCUCCAGCCACAGGCCCACGGGAUGCCAGGCCUCCUCGAAGGAGCAGCCAGCCAUCGCCAACGGCAGUGCCAGCCUCCGACAGCACCCCCACCAAGCAAGAUGUAAAGAAGGCAGGGGAGAGACACAAACUGGCAAAGGAGCGGCGGGAAGAACGGGCCAAGUACCUGGCGGCCAAGAAGGCGGUGUGGCUGGAGAAGGAGGAAAAGGCCAAGGCGCUGCGGGAGAAGCAGCUCCAGGAGCGCCGGCGGCGUCUGGAGGAGCAGCGGCUCAAAGCCGAGCAACGCCGGGCAGCCCUGGAGGAGCGGCAGCGGCAGAAGCUGGAGAAAAACAAGGAGCGCUAUGAAGCAGCCAUCCAGCGGUCAGUGAAAAAGACGUGGGCUGAAAUCCGGCAGCAGCGCUGGUCCUGGGCAGGGGCCCUGCACCACAGCUCCCCAGGACGUAAGACCAGUGGGAGCAGGUGCUCCGUGUCGGCAGUAAACCUGCCCAAACACGUGGACUCUAUAAUCAACAAGCGGCUCUCAAAGUCCUCUGCCACGCUCUGGAACUCCCCCAGUAGAAAUCGCAGCCUGCAGCUGAGCGCAUGGGAGAGCAGCAUCGUGGACCGUCUGAUGACGCCCACCCUCUCCUUCCUGGCACGGAGUCGCAGUGCAGUCACACUGCCCCGAAACGGCCGGGACCAGGGUAGGGGCGGCAGCCCUGGGAGAGCCCCCGCGAGGGGCGGGGCAGGGGCCAGCCUGGCGAAUGGGCCACGCCCCGACCGCACUCAUCCCUCCGCAGCCGUGCCCGUGUGCCCACGCUCAGCCUCCGCCAGCCCCCUGACACCUCUGUGCAGCGCCCCCCGAAGCGGGCACCGCUGCGUCCCUGCGGGGGAGCGAGGGGAGCGCCGCAAGGCCAGCGCCGGGGGCAGUCCCGCCCCAGGCCGCCUGAGGCCAGAGACCUCACUGGUGCAGAAAAAGGAGAAAAAAGACAAGGAACGAGAAAACGAGAAGGAGAAGAGUGCCCUGGCCCGGGAGCGCAGCCUCAAGAAGCGCCAGUCACUGCCUGCCUCUCCCCGCCUGCGACCUCGCCUUUCUGCCGGCAACGCCGACGUCAGUCCCAAAUCCAAGGCCCGGCCAUCCUCUCCCUCCACAUCCUGGCACAGGCCUGCCUCUCCCUGCCUCAGCCCAGGGCCAGGUCAUGCUCUGCCCCCAAAACCACCAUCCCCCCGAGGCACCACUGCAUCACCCAAGGGGCGGGUUCGGAGGAAGGAUGAGGCAAAGGAGAGCCCCAGUGUGGUGGGGCCCGAGGAUAAGAACCAGAACAAAGGCAAGGCCAGUGACGAGAAGGAGCCUGCAGCCCCAGCCUCACCAGCACCCUCGCCUGUGCCCUCACCCACCCCAGCCCAACCCCAGAAGGAGCAGCCCACAGCGGAGAUCCCUGCAGAUACCGCUGUCUUGACCUCACCCCCAGCCCCUGCUCCCCCGGUGACCCCUAGCAAACCCAUGGCUGGCACCACAGACCGCGAAGAGGCCACUCGGCUCCUGGCUGAGAAGCGGCGCCAGGCCCGGGAGCAGCGGGAGCGCGAGGAACAGGAGCGGAGACUGCAGGCGGAAAGGGACAAACGAUUGCGAGAGGAGCAGCUGGCUCGGGAGGCCGAGGCCCGGGCAGAGCGGGAAGCGGAGGCCCGGAGGCGGGAGGAGCAGGAGGCCCGGGAGAAGGCGCAAGCCGAGCAGGAGGAGCAGGAGCGACUGCAGAAGCAGAAAGAGGAGGCCGAAGCUCGAUCCCGAGAGGAAGCGGAGCGGCAGCGUCUGGAGCGGGAGAAGCACUUCCAGCGGGAGGAGCAAGAGCGGCAAGAGCGCAAAAAGCGCCUGGAGGAGAUCAUGAAGAGGACUCGAAAGUCAGAAGCUGCUGAAACCAAGCAGAAGCAGGACAGAAAGGAGGCCAAGACCAACAAUUCCAGCCCAGUGAUAGACCCUGUGAAAGCCAUGGAGGCUCGACCCUCAGGGCUGCAGAAGGAGGCUGUACAGAAAGAGGAGCUGGUCCCCCAGGAGCCUCAGUGGAGCCUGCCAAACAAGGAGUCGCCAGGGUCCCUGGUGAACGGCCUGCAGCCUCUCCCAGCGCACCAGGAGAAUGGCUUCUCCCCUAAGGGGCCCUCUGGGGACAAGAGUCUGGGCCGAACGCCAGAGGCUCUCCUGCCCUUCCCAGAGGCAGAGGCCUUCCUCAAGAAAGCAGUGGUGCAGCCUCCCCAGGUCACAGAAGUCCUUUAAGGGGUUGCCUUGGAUCCAGGCACAGCUAUGAGGGCUCCUCUGCAUCAUCUGCCAGGAUGUCUGGAAGAGAAAGAGACAGAACAAAGCCGGAAGUGGCCUGGGCCCCUGGGGGUUGGGUCCUCUCUGUUAUUUUUAAUCUGCACCUUAUAGACUGAUGUCUCUUUGGCUGGAGCCAGACCCUGCCCCUCAGUGCAUUCGUGUGCUCACACGCGCGGACACCCGCAUACACACACAUACACUCACAGCCUCUCUGGCCUCCUCCCAUGGGGAAGGGCCACCUGUAGUAUUUGCCUUGGUUUGGGCGGGGUACAGUGGAUGUGAAUACUGUAAAUAGCUCGUGCUCAGACUCCUCUGCGUGGAGGGGGCGGGUGCAGGAGGCAGACCCUCCCAAGACUCCCUGGGGAGAUCUUCCUCCCUCUAUUUAACUGUAUCUGAGGGGGAACCCAGGUCUGGGGAUGGGGGCACCUUGGGCCACAGGAUACUGGUUGCUUUAGGGGUACCCGUGCCCCCUGCCCUCGCCUGGAAUCAGUGUUAUUGCAUCCGAUCAAAUUUCUCCAGAAAUAAAGUGAGAAUAAUUCUGCCA